AUGUUUUCAACUCUUAGCAGUAACUGUUCAUAUCAGCUACUGAGUUCUCUCUUCCUGAAUUUUCCCUUCCUGCUCAGAGCCUUUUUCAUCCCCUACCUCAUCUUCCUCUUUACCUGUGGCAUUCCUGUCUUCCUCUUGGAGACAGCGCUGGGCCAGUACACCAGCCAGGGAGGCGUCACAGCCUGGAGGAAGAUUUGCCCCAUCUUUGAGGGCAUUGGCUAUGCCUCCCAGAUGAUUGUCGUCCUCCUGAACAUCUACUACAUCAUUGUCCUGGCCUGGGCCCUCUUCUACCUCUUUAGCAGCUUCACCGUCGACCUGCCCUGGGGAAGCUGCCACCAUGAGUGGAAUACAGGCUAA